CGCCGAUUUACACAUUGUCGAAAAGAGCCAACGGCUUCCUUUUCCAGGUCAUAGAGAUUUUACCUCAGUGGAAGAGUCAGACAAUAAACAGGUAAAGAAAGAAACGUAUAAUGUCAGAAACUGGUAACUGCUGUAAAGAAAAAUCAGAGAAAGGCAACGUCAGUCCCUGGUUUUGCCCCACGUGGUUGGCAGUUUCUAAGAUGGCUCCGAUGAUCCUGCUUCCUGGUGUUCACACCCUCUGAAACUGCCUCCCCUUGAGCAUAGGCUGGACCCGGGGCCUUCCUUCUAGCAAAGAGAAUGUGGCAAAAGUGAUGGAAUGUCAAAAAAUAUUCUGGCUCCUGUCUGGCUCGUUCUCUCCUCCUCUCGUUUGCUUGCUCUGAUCUGUGAGCUGCCCUAUGGAGAGGCCCACAUAGCAAGGAACUGAGGAAGGUGUCCAACUAACAACCAGCAAGGAACUGAGUCCCUCAAUCCGAUAACGCAGGAGCAACUGGACCCUGUUAAUAUAACCACUUGAGUGACUGUGGAAGCAGAUCCUCCCCGAGUUGAGCCUUGAGAUGACUGCAGCCUUGCGAGAGACCCAGAGUCAGAGGACUCAGCUAUGCGAUGCCCAGAUUCCUGACCCGCACAAACUAAAGGUAUGAGUGGCUUUUCCAAAUUAAUCACAGAAGCAAUCUCUGAAUGACCUGAAAUCUGAAGAUUGAGUCUUCUGGAAAAGAAAAUAAAGGGAGAUUUGCCUUGGCUCCAACAAAUAGGACCUUAUCAGGCAUUAGGACACCUUUUCAAAAAGGCUUUUCUGUGGUGUUCAGAAGCAUUUCUAGAAAUUGAAACCUCAGACUUUCCAAGAUGUACCUCAGUGCUGCAUAUCACCGCAUACCUCUAAGUGAUGGAAACAGCAUUCCUAUCAUCGGUCUUGGUACCUACUCAGAACCUAGAUUGACCCCUAAGGGGACCUGUGCAAGAUCAGUGAAAAUUGCCAUUGACACGGGGUACCGGCACAUUGAUGGCGCCUACCUCUACCAGAACGAGCACGAAGUGGGGGAGGCCAUCAGGGAGAAGAUAGCAGAAGGAAAGGUGCAGAGGCAGGAUAUCUUCUACUGCGGAAAGCUGUGGGCUACACAUCAUGACCCACAGAUGGUCCGCCCAACUCUGGAGAGGACGCUCAGGGGCCUCCAGCUAGAUUAUGUAGAUCUUUACAUCAUUGAAAUACCCAUGGCUUUUAAGCCUGGAGAUGAAUUCUAUCCUAAAGAUGAAAAUGGCAAAUGGUUAUAUCACAAGUCAAAUCUGUGUGCCACUUGGGAGGCUUUAGAAGCUUGCAAAGAUGCUGGCUUGGUGAAAUCCCUCGGUGUAUCCAAUUUUAACCGUAGGCAGCUGGAGCUUAUUCUGAACAAACCAGGACUUAAGCAUAAGCCAGUCAGCAACCAGGUUGAAUGCCAUCCAUAUUUCACCCAGCCAAAACUCUUGAAAUUUUGCCAACAACAUGACAUUGUCAUUAUUGCAUACAGCCCUUUGGGGACCUCUAGGAAUCCAUCCUGGGUGAAUGUGUCUUCCCCACCUUUGUUAAAGGAUGCACUUCUAAACUCACUGGGGAAAAAAUACAAUAAGACAGCAGCUCAAGUUGUUUUGCGUUUCAACAUCCAGCGAGGAGUGGUUGUCAUUCCUAAAAGCUUUAACCCUGAAAGGAUCAAAGAAAACUUUCAAAUCUUUGACUUUUCUCUCACUGAAGAAGAAAUGAAGGGCAUUGAAGACCUGAAUAAAAAUGUCCGCUUCGUGGAAAUGCUCAUGUGGUGUGACCAUCCUGAAUACCCAUUUCAUGAUGAAUACUGACUUCAGAGAGCUCCGCAACAGAUAUUUUCCCUCUAUGUGUGCCAGGACUUUGGGCUGGGUGGUUCCUCCAGCUAUGGAAAUCAAAGGAGUUUACUAUCCUCAGAUGAAAUGGUGAUGGAGACACACUUAACUUUUGUGUAGUGUAAGUGACUUUGACUUAGCUAUGUGGGGGGAAAAAAAUAGGUUUAAAUCUGUUGAAAUAACUUGGAAAUUAUCAGCUAAUAUUUUAUUAAAUCAAUGUCUUCUGGGUUUCAGAAAGAAAAAUAUUAGGCUUUAGAAAAGACUUCAAAGGCAACAUAUGAAGAUAAAUAACACAUGAAUUCGGAUACUGCUGCCAUGGGUAGUCUGAGUUCUUUAGCAGUUAACAGGGCAACAGCAAGGAUGGAGAGCUGGACCAUGCCAGUGUGCUGGCAGUGGUCUUGAUGGUUUGGACCAUUGACUGUAAUACAGACACAGCCAAGGUAAGAUCCACACAUGCAUUAUUAACAGGGAAGUGAUUUGCUUCACCUUGAGUAGAGAGAGAGGGCUAAGUAUAGAAAAGUCUUACUAUAGAGCUAAUUAAACACCACAGCGGUCAACAAAGCCAUACUGAUUUGAUUGUUGUUUGUUUCCAUCCAAUGUGUGUUCGUGUAGCUUUUAUCCAGCUUGAAAGAUGGAUAAUUGCUUGUUCUCUCUUGCAUGUUUUAAAGGGCCUGAGCUUCAGUAAGCUAGUGAUCUAUGCUAACACUGCCUGCAACUCCUGCCCCCAUUCAUUAUAUGACCACCAUUAUGCAAAGUGGCUUGAGACAACCUGCAUACCCUGUAUUGUAAAAUAGUCCACAGACCAUUAUUUCAAAGAAGACAUAUAAAAAGGAAGCUUUAGGAAACAUAUUGAAAGAAGAGGUUUUAUAGAAUCAUUAGACUUAAGACUUUGAAAGUUAUUGGGAUAACUGAAUUUUGAGAAAGUAGCAAGUUCAAAAGAACACUGAUAAUUUUACUAUAUGUAAAUUUUUUAAGUGAAUAAAAUGAUUAUUAGAAUUCCAUAGUAGAGAUGUACCUAUUUUCAGUCCAGCCAGAGCAGUAUAUUUUAUUCAUUCAUAUUAAGUCACUCUCACAGGGCAAGAGAGCGCUUCAAAACUUCAAAACAUCAAAACAAACUUAUGUUUGUCCAAGAUCAAUUGCUUAUAAUCUUCCAUGAUCUGAAAACGUACAUUUCUGAGAAACUAUCGUUUUAAAAAAUUGAUCUCUACUUAUUGUUUCCAAUAAUUCUAAUAUGAAUACUUAUAAUGCUAU